AUGCGAGCCGCAACCCUCGCCCGAUGUUCGUUGCGCAAUGCGGCGCUGCGCAGCGGCUAUGUAGGAAGGAGAACCUUCCUCACCUCUACUCUCCCUACCUCCGCCACAACGAUUAGAGGCCAGAAUCACGAGCGAAUACCUCACUUCCAGCAAUGGCAGGCACGGCGAAUGCAAUCAGGUGUAGCAGCUGCUGUGCAGGAGACUGCGGUUCACGAUCCCGCGGCGCUUUCUCAGCAGGCAAUCGUUGACAACCUGGAUCCCAAGGAAGCCGCUCGAUUGGAUAAAGUUAGAAACAUCGGUAUUGCGGCGCAUAUUGAUUCGGGAAAGACGACGGCGACAGAAAGAGUAUUGUUCUAUACCGGACGCAUAAAGGAUAUUCACGAAGUACGUGGUAGGGAUAAUGUGGGCGCAAAAAUGGACAGCAUGGACCUGGAGAGGGAGAAGGGUAUUACCAUCCAGUCUGCUGCUACAUUUUGUGACUGGAUCAAGAAGACGCCCGACCCUGUGACGGGGGAGCUGAAGGACGAGAAAUACCAUGUCAACUUGAUCGAUACUCCCGGACAUAUUGAUUUUACAAUCGAAGUCGAAAGAGCGUUGCGCGUGCUGGAUGGUGCGGUCAUGAUUCUCUGCGCCGUGUCGGGUGUGCAAUCACAGACGGUGACAGUGGAUAGGCAAAUGAAGCGAUACAACGUGCCCAGGAUAUCUUUUGUCAAUAAGAUGGACCGAGCAGGAGCGAACCCUUGGAAGGCUGUGGAGGGCAUCAACCAGAAGUUGAGAAUAGCCGCCGCUGCUGUGCAAAUUCCGAUCGGCAUGGAAGACGACUUCAAGGGUGUAGUUGAUCUGAUUAGGAUGAAAGCUCUUUACUCGGAAGGGUACAAGGGCGAGGACGUUCGGGAAGACGAGGUCCCAGCCGAUCUGAAAGAGCUUGCACAAGAGAAGCGACAAGUCUUGAUCGAAACGCUGGCAGAUGUCGAUGAAGAGAUGGCCGACAUUGUCUUGGACGAGCGCACGCCUUCACCGGACGAGAUCAAGGGAGCCAUUCGACGAGGGACAAUCAGUCUCAAAUUCACGCCUGUCCUUAUGGGCUCUGCACUCGCGGACAAGAGCGUACAACCGAUGCUUGAUGCUGUCGUUGACUACCUGCCCAAUCCUUCAGAAGUCGAGAACCUGGCUUUGGACCGCAAGCGAGCUGAAGCGCCUGUCAAGCUUGUCUCCUACAACUCUCUGCCGUUUGUCGGACUUGCUUUCAAGCUUGAAGAGUCUAACUUCGGCCAGCUCACAUACAUUCGCGUUUAUCAAGGCUCUCUCCGCAAAGGUCAGAAUGUCACAAACGCUCGCACUGGUCAGAAGGUGAAGAUUCCCCGGAUCGUGCGGAUGCAUUCGAAUGAAAUGGAAGAUGUGCAGGAAAUUGGUGCUGGAGAAAUCUGCGCUGUGUUUGGAGUCGACUGCGCUUCAGGAGACACUUUUGCGGAUGGAAGCUUGGGCUACACCAUGACUUCCAUGUACGUUCCGGAUCCUGUCAUCUCGCUUUCGAUCAAGCCAAAGAACACCAAGGACACGCCCAACUUCAGCAAGGCCAUCUCUCGAUUUCAGCGCGAAGAUCCGACUUUCCGUGUUCAUGUCGAUACUGAAUCUGGCGAAUCUAUCAUUUCCGGGAUGGGUGAGCUUCACCUUGACAUCUACGUUGAGCGUAUGAAACGAGAGUACAAGGUCGAAGUCGUCACUGGACAGCCACAAGUCUCGUACAGAGAAACAAUCCAGAAGCAUGUUCCCUUCGAUCACUUACUCAAGAAGCAGACUGGUGGUGCUGGUGAUUAUGCCAGAGUCGUUGGAUACAUGGAGCCUACGGGUCAGCUCGGCGACAACCAGUUCGAGUCGCAAAUUGUUGGUGGCACCAUUUCGGAGAAGUAUCUAUUUGCUUGCGACAAAGGCUUCCAAGAAGCUUGCAGAAACGGUCCUCUUUUGGGUCACAGAGUACUUGGUGCAUCCAUGGUCAUCAACGAUGGCGCAACGCACAUGACAGAUUCUAGUGAAAUGGCGUUCAAGAAUGCGACCCAACAGGCUUUCCGCAAGGCGUUCUUGGCUGCUGGACCACAGGUACUGGAGCCGUUGAUGAAGACUGUCAUCACGGCCCCGAAUGAGUUUCAAGGUAUGAGAACCUACACUCAUUCUUCUUCUUUUCCGCUGCUGACAUAUUUGCUUUCCAGGUAACAUUGUUGGUCUGCUGAACAAGCGCAAUGCGACUAUUAACGAUACUGAAAUCGGACCUGAGGAGUUCACAUUGACGGCCGAUUGCUCGUUGAACUCUAUGUUUGGCUUCUCGUCACAACUACGUGCUGCUUCGCAGGGUAAGGGUGAAUUCACAAUGGAGUUCUCCCACUAUGCUGCUGCACCUCCGCAAUUGCAAAAGGAGCUGAUUGCGAAGUACGAGAAGGAGCGAGCGGAGAAGAACAAGAAGUAA